AGCUCUCCACUCGCCGGCUCCGGGGCUCCUCCCGCCCGGGUUCUCCACCUCUGCACCGCCGACAGCAAAUGAACGAUGACGCCGGUAUUCUCCGUUGCUUCAUCCUUCUUCCUCAUCUUCUUCCUUUUCCGCCUCGCCGUCUUCCCUUUGGCCAUAGCCGCCCCUCCUCCUCGGGGCUACUACAUUAAUUGUGGUGCAGCCACCGAGGAGAACAUUGAUGGCAUCCCAUGGAUCCCCGAUGAAGGCUUUGUAAUUGGAGGCAAUGUGUCUCAAAUAUACACGCCAGGCAUCAUUCCCUUGCUAUCGACUUUGAGAUAUUUCCCUGAUACAAAAGCCAGAAAGAGCUGCUUUGUAAUUCAAGUUAGCAAAGGAAGCAAGUAUAUGGUGAGAACCACAUACUUCUAUGGUGGCUUCGAUGGCGGAGAAGAACCCCCUGUGUUUGAUCAGAUCAUCGAUGGCACAAGAUGGAGCACCGUUGAGACCUCCAAGAACUAUGCCGCUGGCCUCACCUCCUAUUAUGAGAUUAUGGUUGCAGCCCAGAGGAAAACUAUAAGUGUGUGCCUGGCAAGAAAUGCCAACACGGCCUCGGCUUCGAGCCCAUUUAUUUCUGCUCUUGAGGUGGUGAGCUUGGAGAACUCCAUGUAUAAUUCAACUAACUUUGCAGAAUAUGCUCUCAGUACAAUAGCCCGCCACAGCUUCGGCCAUAAAAACAGUUUCAUUAGCUAUCCAGAUGAUCCUUUCAACCGGUACUGGCAAUCAUUCAUUGACACCAAUCCUGUUGUCGAAUGCCACUCAAACAUUUCAUCUUCAGACUUUUGGAACUUCCCUCCACCUGCUGCAUUGAUGAAGGGUCUCACAACGAGCAGAGGGAAAGAUCUGCAUAUAAAUUGGCCUCCUUUUGAUAUCCCAGACACAAGCUACUACAUAGCCCUCUACUUCCAAGAUAAUCGAACUCCCAGCCCAUUCAGCUGGAGAGUAUUUGAUGUUGUGAUCAAUGGUAAAACCUUCUAUCAGGACCUUAAUGUCUCAACAGAAGGUGUCAUGGUCUACGGAUCGCAGUGGCCACUUUCCGGUGAGACGAACAUUAAGCUGACCCCAGCUUCUGACUCUCCGGUCGGUCCGGUCAUUAAUGCAGGAGAGAUUUUUCAGAUAGUUCCUCUAGGUGGAAGGACUCUCGCAAGAGAUGUAAUUGCAAUGGAGAAUAUAGCAAGAAGCUUUACUAAUCCACCACCAGAUUGGAAGGGAGAUCCUUGCUUGCCCAAGGAAAAUUCAUGGGCUGGUGUGACUUGUGAUAUUAAUGGUGGUUUUGCUAUAGUAGCCAAGCUAAAUCUGACAAAUUUUGGCAUAUCUGGACAUUUAUCGAAUAGCAUCGGAAAUCUACUUGCAAUCAGGAACAUUUGGCUCUCUGGAAACAAACUCGCUGGUAAAAUUCCACAAAUGGGCAAUUUGAAGGAGUUGACCUCUCUGCGUUUGGCUGACAAUGAACUUACUGGAUCGAUCCCAUCUUUUCUAGCAAACCUUCCAAAAAUUAAGGAGAUUUUUCUGCAAAAAAACAAGUUGUCUGGCCCGAUACCACAGAGUCUGAAAAACAAAAGUGGGAUUGAUCUCCGGAUUUCUCCCGGCAAUCAACUUGAGAUGUAAAUAAUAUGAAAACUGCUAACUUGAUUUGCUGAACAGUCCGAGUAUUUUUUGCCAGUUAAAGAACUUCUUGACUUUGGUAAGAGGAAUGUAUGGUUGGGCUUAUAGCAAGGAUGAAGAAAGGAUAGAAAUUGAUGAUUCGUUGUUUUUGGUUUCCUUUUGCUAUUUGUUGAAAACAAUGAUGGAAUAACAAAUUUAAUUAAAAUA